UGCGCUCGGAGAGGAGGAAGGCGCCAGGGAAAAUCGCGAGCUUUCCCGAUCGAUCCUAGCUAUUCCGGGGAGACCGCGCCGAUCAAUAUGUUCCACUGUCUCCAGGACAAGCCUUCAUCCAAGAGGCAUCUAACAACGCAUGAGUCGGACAUUAGCUUGGAGAAGGGAUUGGACGCGUUUUUCACCGAGGCCGUCAAGAACGACGAUGCAAGUAAGCUGGAAGAAGCGCUUAAACGAGAAAGCGGCAAGCUGGCUUCUGGGGAAACCAAACGAGCGUCAUACGACGCUCUAGUCACCAAGCUCUUCCAUCUGGUUUGCGCGCUCGACUGUUGGGAGUGUUGCGAGCUCCUGCUUACUGGCAUCAGAUCCUUUCCAGUGGCCCGCAUUGAUGCCGCCAACAGCAGCGAGGGACGAUCCGGGCUUCACCAUGCUUGCCGGAACCAUUCCACCAGGUGCAUCGAGGUUCUUCUUAAGCAUGGUGCCAGCGUUUCCCUCAAGAACAAGGCGGCGCUGUUGCCUCUCGAGGAGGCUCUCCUGAGCUCCAAGCUUGAGUCUCAGGAGGAUGUGGUCAGCACCCCGGCAGCGAACCUAGUGGACAGUGUGAGGAAGAAGGACUUGUCCGCAAUCCAGCUGCUAGUCCCGGUUUGCAAAGACCAGCUAAGUUCGAUCGCAUGCAAGCUGCUCAAGGAUCUCAAGGUGGUGGCCCUGGUUUCGCUUCUACUCACGGCCGGACAGGUCGCCAAUGCUGUUCCUAGAUCGGAGGUGGAAGUUCCUGGUACCGUUGUGGAUCUUCUUCUAUCGUACAUUCUACCUCCGACACCUUUUUCGCCAGUGGACGUGGACGGAACCGGCUAUAAGAUCAAAAUUGCCAGCAGCGGGAAUAGCGGAAAACAGUCGCUCAAAUCCGUGAAACCCGAGAAGAAGACCUCGGCCGCGAGUGAUAAGUCUUGGAUUUUGUCCAAGCAAAACCAGCAGAAGUUCACAGCAGUUCCAAAGCAGGCAUCACCAGCGCUACCGGUUAGGAGUUUUUACAGUUUACAGAAGCGACAGGACACUCCACAGGGGAAGGAUAGCUUGUCAAUCGCUACAAAGCUUUUGGAGUGCGUUCUGCUCUUUUAUCCGAGACUCACGGCGCAUCCUCAGAGCUCUUUCUCGGCGCCUUUGAUCCGAGCUUGCCAGGGAAAUGACGUCAAGGUCGUGAAAUUGCUGCUAAGCUCCGGGGCUCCGGUAAACGAGCAAGAUGGUGACGGAAAUACGCCUCUUCACUGGAUACUCCGACAAGCAACACCUUCAAAUGACCGGCGCGUCAACCUCGACAUCGUCCAGAAUCUGCUAGAUGCGGGUGCCAAUACUAUGCUCGGAAACCGUCUCGGUGCGACACCGAUUCAUACAGCUGCCGGCCACGGACACUGCGACGCGCUCUGCCUGAUGCUGAAGAAGGACAUAUCAGGUGUCAACGUUAUAGCUGCGACGAAGGAGACACCACUCCACUAUGCUGCGGUUAACAACCAUAUACACUGCGCAGCGGUCCUUCUCAAGUAUGGAGCAAACAGGAACGUUUGCAACCUCCGGAACAUGAAGCCAUGCAACCUUGCUCCGACUCGCGAGAUGUACGCGCUGCUAAACGUUGACGAGAAGACGCUGAAAAUGCAUCCUUGGGAGAGCCUGGUUGCACUGUUCGGGCGCUCCGACGGCAGUCCGGGAUGUCCAGCUCAUCCUCGCACUAGUAAAAACGCAGCAGCAGGGAGUAGCAAUCCGACGACAAAGAAGGGCUUCGUGGAUGCCAGGAAAGUCUUUGUCGGGGGCCUGCCACUUUAUGUGACUUCCGAGGAUCUCCGAGACGAGAUGGAGUACGAGUAUGGAGAGGUUCACGAGGCGGUUGUUAUAUGCUACGUCGAGACCUCGGGGAAGGUCAAGUCGCGAGGCUUUGGAUUCGUUCUCUUCAAGCAGCCAGAGACGGCAGUCAAGGCGGUGAAAAGCCGGUAUACUUCUAUCAGGGGCAAAAAGGUGGAGAUCAAGGGAUGUUUUCCUGCUCAGGAUGGAGACGACUGCGGGUUGCCGUCGAAAGUAGCUUUCACUGAGAAAGUAGCUUCCGAAGCGCCAGCUCCGGACCAGGCAGGGACAGAGGAACCUGUUUCUUUGGCUCCAGUUACGCAAGCUCAAGGCCCAGCGUUGCGUGAAGAAGAAGCAGUGGACAGAGCUCCAGUACCAGCCGCUACUGCCACACACUGGGCCAGCACUCACACACCUGUGAAUGCUACGGCAUUUGCGUACAAGACAGCAGGCGUGGAGGACUCGACUUUUGAUGACUCUCUGGACCUGGAACGCCUCCUGACUUCCAUUUUCUCGACGGAGGACGCUCCCGUUCCGAAGAAGGUGCUGGAGCCCGAGGAGAAAGAGUUUGCGGAGAUACUGUCGCUGCUAGAGGUUGGCAAAGGAAACAAAGGUAGCAGCAGCAGCAGCACGUACUACGGAGGUAACCGUCUCGACGGCUACGUCCGGCCAGCCUAUUCCGUUUCCGGGCUCGGGAUUUAGCUAGCAGCACGAAGGCACGAAUCGACUCGAAUCGCCAUCGUUUCGUUUGCUUCUUUCAUUUGUUUUUAUUUUUGUUCUCUGGUUUUGACGUUUCUAUGUACAACGCUGUUUUGGUUUGAUAA